CCUGCUCCUCUUUGUGUAGAAAGAGUACCCGCCAAUUGAGACAGAUCUUUUCCUCUCAUUGUCUGGUCCUUUCAGGCUUUUUAAACAAAAAGAAACCCCCGAGCUGUUGGUAGAACUUUCUGAUUUUUUUUUUUUUUUUACAGACCAAUGGCGGCGUCAGUCUGAGUGGUGUGGGGUCUAUGGAUAUCCUCUGGGGACCGGAAGGAAAGCUCUUCGCCCUGGAUGCAACAUCAACACUGAGCGCCUGCGAUGGCAGAUGAUGAUUCAUCCAGGAGGCCAUGUCAGGCAGCCCAGAGAACAUCCCCCUGGGAGAGUGCACCCUCUCCCAGUCCAGGGACCAGCUGACACCGCCAAGCUGCACAGAGAGCACCGUGUUCAGCCUGUCCCACAGCGAGUCCAUCUGGACCACAGAGACCACUCGCAGUAAGUGUGAAGAAUUCUGGUUUGCCAUCCACCUCAUGUCCACCGGGGGCAGCUUCCUGGCAUGUGGCAUCAUCAUCAGCGGUCUGUACUUCGCCGGCCACUGCAGGAAGGUGACCAACAUCCUGGGACCAGCCUUGCUGUCCAUUGGGCUGAUGGUUUUUGUGGUGGGCGUGGUCCUGAUCCCCAUCACCAAGGAGAACAGGAAGCAGUCAAACAUGAAAAAGCCUUUCACUUACAGGCCUCCCCAAGUGUUCAACCUGUGAUGAAUUGGGGGUUGGUAUCUUGUCACAAAACUUCAUAUUUGGAAGUCACUCAAAACAAGAAACUUUAAGAGCACACUGGAGUGAACCUUUUCAGCAUGGGAGCCUCUGUGGAAGCUAGUUAUUAAAAGGCUCUGCGUGGUGACAUUUAUGUUUAUUUCUCCAGGACUGACAAAACUAAGCGCUUAUCUCGCUCUCAAGUGUGCAUGACAACAUUUGCAUUAAUAACCAUGGCUGUGGAGAAAGAAGGUGAGAGCACAAGGACAACAAUGUGCCGCAUGAAAUGCAAUUAUUCACACUUUCACACACAGUUUAGUGAGAAGGAUACAAGAAAGCGAGCUGUCUUUAUGAAUAUUCAUGAGGGAAAAGUGGACAAGGGGGAUUUCCUAAUGCUGUGUGGUACAGUAUAUACCAAUUCAUGAAUAAUUAAAGGUUGUGAGAGCUUAUAAUUGUCAGUUCCCGGUUUACUGUGUCUUGUAUCCACUGAAGUCCUUAUUGUGAGCCUGAGUCACUAGGAAGGAGACUUUGACUCUGCGUGCAUUCAUCCUCAAAUAUAUGUAAAGGACAAACAUUUGACUACUGUGACCUAAAAGCACAUUUUCAUAGGAUUUAAAUAUUACGUGACAUGAAAUUUUAAUUAACCCCUUCAGACUCAGUGUCCAUCAUAAUGAAUAUUAAAUAUUCAUCGCCAUUGGAAUUGCACUUAAAAUUAGACCUUGCCCUUACAACUGAGUAGAUUGUAUUUAAAGCAGCUACUAUCAAUAUUGAAUGACUGACGUGAUUACUUG